AUGUCAUCCUCUCGCAGGUCUGGGCGUGUCACGGGCCCCAAGAAAGUUUACACCCAGGAUCCUUUCCAUAUAGCUGGAAUUAGUGAUGACUCCGAUCAAGGCGGACAAGCAACGUCAUCCAAGCGCAAAACCAAGCGCCCCAAGAAAGAAGACUCCCCUUCUGAUGAGGAAUUUGUUGCCGCCUCUGGCGACGACGCCAACGACAGGAUUGAUAACGAAGACGACGAAGAAGAUGCCGAAGAGGAGAUGGAAGAAGCACCUAAUGAAUCCGAUUUCGAAGAAAUGGAUUUCGAUGAACCCAAGGCCGUCCCCAAGAAAGGGAGUAAGGCAGUUCAGCAACGCGACUUGAUUUUGAAAAAGCGAAAGACCGGCGGCAUAGUCGUGCCAGAUAUGGACGAGACACACUCUCGUGGUCUUCUUGACCCCAAGGACCAUUUGUCAAAAAGUACAUAUUACAAUCUGACAUUCGGUGCCGACGAUCGUGACCUGAUCGCAGCCAUCUAUUUCCGUGGCAUAUGGAACAAGGGACGUGACUCGAUCUUUCCAACUCGCACUACCUUGGAAGGACCCAGACCGGAUGGACAUGUCUAUGGACCAACGCACGGUGUCCACCCAGACGACGUGAAGAGGGAAAGCACGCGCGGAUGGGACUGGUACUAUAGCAAAGAGCCCGGAGAGAGAUUCCGGAAACGACAACGCACUAAGAAGAUUGAAGAAUCAGCAGCUCGCCAGAAAUACUUGCCACAACCAAAGGACCGGCAUCACGACAUUCUUCUGGGGCCCUAUGACAACCAGCAGCUUUUCAGCCUGGAAUACCAUGAGUCCUUUGAUUAUGGCAAAGUCUGGGGAGAAAGGCACGCUAAAACAAAUGAGCCAGAAAGGAAAACGAAUAAAAUUCGAGAGGGAUGGAUUCUUAACAUGGGCCAUAAGAUCCAUUGCAUGGCUUGGGCUCCGAACCACGACGGUCUCGCCCAGUACCUUGCUGUGGUUGCACCAAUUACUGAAGAGCAGAAGGACCAGUACAAAACUGAUAGAAGUGAACCUCUUUCAUCACUCAAACCCUCGCCGCCUUUUCCUUGCGCGCUCCAGAUCUGGGAAUUCAAAGCCAAAAAGAGUGGUACCUCGACGAGGACUCUUGACAUGGAAUGCAAACCAAAGUUACGACAAGUCCUAUGUGCUGAUUGGGGAGAUCUGAGGCGGAUGUCUUGGUGCAGACUGCCUAGAGAAAAACGGGACGAAGAUGACGAAGAGGCAACAAAGUUUAUCGGGCUACUAGCAGGGGUUUGGACAGACGGAAAAUUCAGAGUUUUGGAGAUCAAAUUACGCCGAGGGUCGAAAGAGACAGAAUACAUCAAACUCCAGUCACCCGCUUUUGAAGCAAAACCACCCAACACAAUCUGCACAUGCGUCACUUGGUUAUCUCCUAGUGAUAUUGCAGUAGGCUGCAGCAAUGGAUUUGUGGCUAUUUGGAACAUUGGAUCCUCUGCAACUGAACCACUUCCCUUCUUCUAUCGACCAAUUCACUCAACAUACGUGUUGGACAUCACAUCGGUGUAUCCAAACCAUCCUCACCAUAUGAUCACUAUAUCCAUGGACGGUGAAACUUAUAUGUGGUCUAUCCUCGAUCCCGUGGCCGAUAAAGUCUCAACAGUCCGCAUGCGAAUGCCAUCCCCCAACAUCAGCUAUUCCCCCAUCCUUCAGUCCGCCGUUUCCGGCGACGAACAGGAAUACGCCCGCAUCAUUCCAAUCCGACGAUUCUUUACAAGUAAUGGCAUAGGCAGAUUCUCCAGCAACGUCUCGGCCAUGGCUCCAUGUAGUUUCUCGCACCCCUGCGUCCUGUAUGGGAGCGCCGCAGGGGAGGUGUUAGGAACCAAUCCUUUCCGCCGGGUGGUCUACAACAAGGAGCAAGUGUGGCAGCAAAUGUGGUUCACACAUGAAUGGGUCCCAAGCUCGAAAGCCGACACUGCAGGCACCAGCCGAUUUUUCGAUGGAUACCGGGCAGAGAGCCCGAAACUGGCCAGGCACAUGACUAGCGACACUAAGCCGAUCACUGGCAUCCCUACCUCCACAAUCUACGAAGAAGGCACUCACGUCACAGCCCUCGGGUGGAACCCCAACCCUUCGUGUUGUGCGUGGGCAAGUGCAGCGCUGGGGAGUGGGCUGGUACGAGUGGAGGAUUUGGCUAUCUAG